AUGCAAUGCUUCGAGCAAGGGUGCAAGAAUGAGAUUGAAUACUCGUGCCCAUGCACCUCUCCUGAAACUCUAUCCUGUGAACUGCAUGCAUUAAAGCAUAUGAAAAUCCCUAACAGAGCUCAUGCUUGCAACUCGAUUUUUAUAGAGCCAUACCAAGGGACAAAAGAAGAAAUUCUUAAGUUUCUUACAAGAGAAAGCUCAAAAAAUAGCAAACUAAAGGGAAAGGUCAUAGCAUCCUUUAGCCAGCGUGUGCUAGAAUCAGAAAGCGAUAUUGAAGAACUCUUAAAAAAUUUGGAUUCAGGCUCAGCUGAAAUGAGCAAUUAUUAUACAAAAAUUUCUCAAGUUCAAAAAUUAUCAAAAUCAGAGUAA